AUGCCCGGCUUCGACUUCUCCAACUACAACCGUAAUGCGGCCCUCCACGCCAGAGGCGUACCUCUCCCCAAGGCCACCAGCACGGGUACAACUAUCGUAGGCUGUAUAUUCGAUGGUGGUGUCGUCAUCGCUGCGGACACCCGAGCAACAUCAGGGCCCAUCGUCGCCGACAAAAACUGCGAAAAGCUACACUAUAUCGCCCCGCAGAUCUGGUGCGCAGGAGCAGGCACCGCCGCCGACACCGAGUUCACGACCGCCCUCAUCUCGUCACAGCUGGAGCUGCACUCGCUCUCGACAGGCCGCAAGCCCCGUGUCGUCACCUGCAUGACCCUCUUGAAGCAGCACCUGUUCCGGUACCAAGGCUACAUUGGCGCGUAUCUCGUCGUCGCGGGUUGCGACCCCACGGGAACGCACCUGUUUACUGUUCACGCCCACGGCAGCACCGACAAAUUGCCCUACGUGACCAUGGGAAGUGGUAGCUUGGCCGCCAUGAGCGUCUUCGAGACGCAGUGGAAGCCGCACUUGACGCAGGAGGACGCCGUGAAGCUGGCUAGCGAUGCCAUCUUGGCUGGUAUCUUUAACGACCUGGGCUCCGGUUCGAAUGUGGACGUUGCAAUCAUCACAAAGGACAAGACGACGCUCAAGAGAAACUACAUCAAGCCCAAUGAGAAGAGUGCCAAGUUGCAGAGCUACGCGUAUCCCAAGGGUACGACGGCUGUGCUUAAUGAGAAGAUUAUCAAGAAGAACGAAAUCGGCCGAUAUGUCACGGUUACUGAGGUGCCGCUUGAGGGGGAGAAGAUGGACGUUGAUACUUGA